UGUUUGUUUUGUUUAAGUUUAUAUAUUCAAUUUAUUAAGGCACUGUAAUAAUUAUAAAUCCAAAUUAAUAUUAAUAACCAUUCUAAUAAGAAAAUGUCUAAUCCGUAUUUCAAAUCUUGGUACAAGAAGAAAAGAUCUCAGUCUAGUAAACAAUUUGACGAAAAUGAAAUCAGUUGUAUAGAAAAAUUACCAAAUUUUGGAUAUGCUGGAUUUCGAUUAUAUUUCCCAGAAGAAACUGAUGGUGAACGAAUUAAUAAAAGUGUAUCGUAUUUUGAACAAUACAUUCAGUCAAAUCAAUCUAAUUAUAAUUUUAAUAAUAUAUUGACUGAUAGAUAUUUUGCUGUGGACUACAAAGUACUUGCAGCAGAGGAUGACAUAUUUUCCUCUUGGGAAAACUUUACAGAUGACGUAAUAAAUAAUACAGAAUAUUGCCUAAAUUGUUUUGGUUUAGCAAUGUAUCAGUUUAUUAUUAAUUGUCAUGUUAAGAAAAAUGAAGAACAAGAUGAAAAUGUUAUUGAAAGUGAGGAUAUUCUACCUAUUCAAGCCAAGAUCAUUAAUUUUGAACCUACCCUUCAACUAAAAAAUCUUAAAGUUAUUUAUUAUGGAAAACUGGUUAGUAUAAAAGGGACAGUUAUAAAAGUUGGUCAAGUUAAAGUUAUUUGUCAAUAUUUAGCAUUCUCUUGUCCAUCAUGUACUGGUACUCAACUUGUAAAGCAAAAGGACGGAAUCUAUACCAUGCCAAACAAUUGCCCGACGAAGGGAUGUAGAGUACAUUCUAAUUUUGCUCCACUCCAUUCUUCGGCAUUUAAUAGAACAAUAAGUUGGCAAUCCAUUAAGAUACAGGAACUUAUAACAAGCCAAGAGUUUGAAAAUUCAAAAGUUCCUCGAAGUCUGGAUUGUGAAUUAAUGGGGGAUUUGGUUAAAUCCUGUAUACCCGGUGAUGAUAUAACUAUCACUGGUAUUAUCAAAGUGCGAGAUGUUAACAGCAAUAACUGUAAAAACAAACAAAACACAAUAUUUAAUUUAUAUUUGGAAACUGUGUCUGUAUAUAAUAGCAAAAGACAAAAUAAAGGAAGUUAUUCUGAUUCAGAAGGAAUAAUAUUUAAUACUAACGAUUAUUAUCUUAUUCAAAAAAUUCACUCAGAGUCAAAAUUAUUCAGAUUGUUGGUGUUGUCUUUAUGCCCAAAUAUAUAUGGUCAUGAAAUUGUAAAAGCUGGACUUUUGUUGGCUCUAUUUGGAGGUACAAAAUCAGAUACAGUUAGAGCAGAACCACAUAUUCUAAUAGUGGGGGAUCCUGGUCUUGGAAAAAGUCAAAUGCUGCGGGCCUGCACUAAUGUCGCGCCAAGAGGUGUCUAUGUUUGUGGAAAUACUAGUACCAGUUCUGGCCUUACUGUUACCAUGACUAGAGAAAGUGGCGAACAUGCAUUAGAAGCAGGAGCUUUAAUGCUAGCGGAUAAGGGGUGUUGUUGUAUAGAUGAGUUUGAUAAGAUGCCAUCACAACAUGCGAGCCUUCUGGAAGCGAUGGAACAACAAACAAUAAGCAUAGCAAAGGCGGGCAUUCUUUGUUCUUUGCCAGCUCGUACUACCAUUUUAGCAGCUGCAAAUCCAUCAGGUGGCCAUUAUAAUAAGGGUAAAACAAUUGCAGAAAAUUUAAAAAUAAGUUCGCCAAUGUUAUCUAGAUUUGAUUUAAUUUUCAUUUUACUCGAUCAAGCUAAUGAGCAACUCGACAGGCUGCUGUCUAAACAUAUAUUAAAUGCACAUAACAGGAAAAAAAAUGAAAAUAGGCAAGAUGCCAGUACAAGUUUUUUCAAUAACUCCAACUCUGAAACGGAUACAUUAAUAGAUCGUCUUCGAUCUAAUGGGGAGACCGUAGAUUUGUUACCUCAUGCUUUGUUUAGAAAAUAUAUAGCCUAUGCACAGAGGUAUGUGAGUCCUCAAUUGUCAGAUGGCGCAAAAGAAGUUUUAAAGAAAUAUUACCUUGAUCUGAGGAAACAAUAUCAAACAGGCGAUUGUACACCUAUCACCACAAGGCAGUUACACUCUCUGAUUAGGUUAACACAAGCAAGAGCAAAAGCGGAACUUCGUGAAGAAGCUACGGAAGGAGAUGCUUUAGAUGUUGUAGAAAUUAUGAAGUAUAGUUUAAUAGACAUUUUUACCGACGAACAUGGUCUUAUAGACAAAACUAGAUGUCAGAAUGGUACUGGAAUGAGUACAAAAAAUCAGGCAAUAAAGUUGCUGCAGAUGCUACAACGAAAAUCAGACGUAGAAGCAAAGAAGUUGUUUUCAACCAAAGAAAUAAGAGAAAUGGGGGAACAAGUUGGAAUUACAAAAGAAAAAUUCUAUAAUAUUUUACAGAGUCUGAAUAUACAGGGAUUUUUAUUAAACAAAGGUGGGGGAAAAAUCGGGAAUAUGAGUUUUUUCGAGGUGGGGUGCAAUCACUCGCAGUGUGCUGCAGGAGUGUUUGUUGUAACUCGUGAGAGAGUGGCCAGAUUGAGUUUCAAAUCAAGCCAAGAAGAAGAGAAUGAAGAAAAUAUCAAUAUAGAAGGCCAGUUAUAUAGUGCAGGCAUAUCGCUGAUUGAAAGUAUAUGUACAACGAAUUUCUUAUGCUGAAUGUCAAUAAAAAUAAAAGCGU